UUGCAGUCAUAUCUCGACCCACGGAAACGUCAGCAUGUCCGACCCGGCAGCCGCCUUGGAACCAUUUCUCAUUCUCGUGAGAUCAACAAAAGGCGCUGCAGCCGCCAAAGUCAUUCUGGACGCGACCGCAGCUCCCGGUGUCUAUGUCUUUGGUGAACUUCUGGAUGCCCCCAAUGUUCAGCAGCUUGCUGCCGAACCUUCAUUUGAGGGUCAUAUCGAGCUGUUGCGAUUGUUUGCCUACGGAACAUUGUCAGACUAUGAGAAGAACAAGUCUUCAUUCCCCGAGCUCAAAGAAGCUCAUCUUCACAAGCUCAAGCAAUUAACCCUUGUCGCUCUUGCUUUACAACAUCGCUCUCUCAGCUACGACCACAUUUCAUCCGCUCUCCAACUCGAAUCCAUCCGCCAAGUCGAGGAUACCGUCAUCGACACCAUCUACGCGGGAUUGCUCACCGGCAAGCUCCAUCACGAUCAAAAGGUCCUCCACAUCGAUUCUGUCUCUGGUAGAGACGUGCGCCCGAAAGACCUUGAACAGCUGCAACAAGGCUUGGCCAACUGGUGCCAAACCGCCCAAACCCUCCUCUCUGCCCUCGACAACCAAAUCAACACUCUCCGCACCGCUUCAGCUAACGAGGCUUCCCACAACCUUGCCUACAAGAUCCACAGGAACGAAGCUUACCGCAAUGUCCAAGCUGAACUCGCGCACGAAAAGGCCUCUGGCGGUUUUGCUGGCGCGGCAUCGAGGGAGAAGAUCUUGGGCGGGUUCGGGAGCGGCAGAGGUGCGGAACAUGGAUGGGAGGGACUGGGGGGUGGCGAAAGACUUGGAGGGAAGCAAGAUGCAGGGGUGAGCGGCUUUUUGUCGAAUCUGCAGAAUGUCGGGAAUCUGGGAGGAGCUUUUACGUCUGGGAGGAAGUGGGUGCGCUCAGACUAGUUCAACUUUUCAAACAGUCUCGCUGACAAUACUUUCGAUAGCUUGGGGGCGCGUAAUCUUUCGGGUCGGAGCAGUGAUGAACAUGAAAAAAGGGCGUCAAAGAGAUCGAGGGAUUGAGUGUAGUCGGUUGUAGUUACCCAUAUAUAUAUUGUAUACAUACGGCAUUUCACGAAGGGGGCAUGUAUGAUUGAUGGAAUGAAGUAUGUGGAGGAGA